AUGAGUAAAUUGUCGAAAGACGACGAGGAUGAGAAAAUGCUCGAUUAUCUGGAGGAGAAGACGAGGAACGCAUCGGAGCCGGUGUCAAUGCUCGAACUCUGGAAACGCUAUGCGAAUUCGGAAAAAUCGCCAAAGACGUGGAGUUGUCUUGAUCACAGGUGCUUAAAACUGCGCUCUUUUCUUCAAAAAAUUCGUUGCCAACUUCUUUGCAGAUUCCGCAAGUUCCUGGCUCCGACACUCUACAGUCACGCGAAAUUCUCGCUCGAUUCGCGGCUCCGCAUGAUUUUGCCUCAAAAACGCCGAUCUCGGCGGCGUUUCUGA